UUUGAGUCUUCAUGACAGCAACAGCUUAGAGGCAAUGUCCAAUUGCCAGCACAACUUGCCAGAGUUAUUUUUCCCAAUUAUGGAUAUUUUCUCUUUAUACACUCCUUGUUAAAAACGUCAGGAAUGGCUGUUUCACAGGCUUACAUUUUCCUGUGGGGUGCAGGCAUAGUUUUUGUGAUUUUACCUCACUUAAAUCUGGGAUUGUUGUCUGACUACAAGAUCUGCGCAGAUUCUGAGUGUGCAAGCUUGAUGAGUAGGGUACAGGCCAUCAGGGACCAACGUGGUAAAGAUUGUCGUUUCCUUAGCUUCAGAAAAGGAGACUCCAUCUUUGUUUAUCACAAACUGACAGGAAAGAGGGAAGACCUCUGGGCAGGCAGUAUUGACCAAGAGUUUGGCCAUUUCCCAAAGGAUGCAGUGGUAGAGGAACAGGUUUAUGUGACUUCGGAGAAAAUAGUGGAGACACAGGAAUCAGACUUCUUCUGUAUGGAUGAGUAUGGGAAUAUCAUUGACUCCAGUCAUUUGGACCCUGAUUAUGAAGGUGAUGACAGUGAUCAGAUAAUCCCAAUCCAGGAGUCAGAAACAACCCAAACCAGCCCAAACACUGAUGACACUAAUGCUGGAAGUCCUGCAACACCUGAAGAUGUCUCUACAGAAUCUCCACCGCCAGCACCGGAAUCUGAGGGCGAAUCAGCAGGAGAGAACGAAGAGAAAAAUGAUGGCGAUGAAGGUGCCGGGACUGACGAGGAAGAGCACGAGACUCCUGCGGCUCCGAACGAACAAGGUGGGUCUCCCUCCUCUUCCUGGCUCAGUUCUUCAGUGACAGGAUGGUUAGGUCUGGGGGAAGAGGAAGAAGCUGGCAAUGUGGUUGACGAAGAGAAGAAAGACGAGAUUGAGGAAACGCAGGCUGAAGGUUCUUACACUUCUUCAAUGAUGGGGUGGGUGGGGCUAGGAGGAGGAGGAGGAGGAGAACCUGAUGAUGCCAAAGAGAGCUCAAAUAGUCAAGAAGAAGAUGGAGAAACUGCUGAUUCUUUCACUUCAACCAUGACCGGGUGGCUUGGUUACGGAAGCGAUAAAAAGACAGAACAAGAGCAUGAUGAAGAAGUAGAAACGGAUGAAGAAGAAGAACAGGCAGAGAAAUUCAGGAGCAGGAAAUUGUCUCUGGACCUGGAAGCCAAUCAAUUACAAGGUGAGGAGGAAACGGAAGAGAUGGGGACAUUGGGUUGGCUGGGAAGUGGUCUCUCCAGCACACUGGGGUUUGGCUUGACCAAUCAGGAGUCAGAAGAGGGCGGAGAGGGCGGAGAGGAUGAAGAGACGAGCCAGAAGGAAGAGGAACAGCCAGCAUCCAGCUCGUGGUUAGAUUUAGGGAUCACGGAUAUGUUGGGCUUCGGGAAAGAUAAGAAUGAAGAGAAUGAAGAGACAGAGGAGGACGAAACCUUAAAAGAACCAACAGACUCACAGAACGUGGUGGACACUAGUCAGUCACAACCUGCACCGACAGAUGAGGCAAAGACAGAGCCAAGCUUAGAGAGACUAGAAGAAGAAGAAAAGGUUGCAACCAAAACAGAACCAGUACUUGAAGCAGAAACAAGAGAAAAGACAACUGAGACUCAACUAGAUCAAAAUCUCCCAUCAGAGACAGGCAGCACAGCAUCAGUCGAUGUUGACAGUGAUGGAAAGUUAGAAGAAAAGUCCCAGUCCAUGCCUGACAGUUCUUCCCAAAUAGGGAGUGAAGAAGAAGAGGAAAGUAAAAUUUUAGACGAUAAUGCGAAUGAGAAAGAUGUAGCGGGUGAGGUAAAGAAGAAAGAGAUGGAGGAUGAAGAUCAUCAGAUGCCUGAAUCAGUAGGAAAUGAGGACGAGGUUAACAGCAAAGAGCCAGGAGAAGAAAUUCAAACUGCAAUUGACCGUGAUCAGGAUUUUGUUCCACAAAAUGACAUCAGCUCAGGCUCUGUUUUCAGUUCUGGUGAUUUAAAGUCAACGGGACAAUCUGUAAGUGAGGCUCAGGAGGUCAAUAACGACGACAAAACAGAAAACGUGAAAGAGGAAGAGGCAGAAGUUAGAAAACGCAUUGAUAACACAGAAGAAUCUAAUGAAAUGUCUGUUGAAACUGGUGCUAGUAGUGAUGAUCAUAAAGCUGAAGGGAGUAGUAAAGAGACAGAUGUGCUUCACCAAGAAAUUCCCAUGACUCUGAGUGAUGAGUCAGCAGAACACAGUCGAGUCAGUGGUGGUGCAGAAGAGAGCAGUGGAGAGAGUCUACCUUUAUCACCUGACACAGCUGAGGAGAAGAAUGAACCAGAGCUUAAAGAGGAUGAUACUUUAACUACUGAUCAUUUAGACACACCAGCCAUUACUGAUAAUAACCCAGAAGCAGAGACACAUCAUGGUGAGUUAGGACAAGAGUUUGAUUCGUCCCAUACUACUAAUGAAAGUGCUGAAAUGCAUGAACAGGCCUUAGAGGAGAAUACAGGGACAUUUUCCUCUCAUGAAAGCAUUACCAAUCAAGAUACCACUAUGGACAACAUACAUCUGUCCACUGUGACUCCUCCAAUGCAAAAAAUGGAAGGCGAUGAAGGCGAUGCAGAUCAAUUAAAGAAAAUGGAGAACAACCUGCAAACAGCUCAAGCUGAGAAAGAGAUGUUAGACUCUGAGAAAGACUUUAUGAAGGAAUGUGACCAGAAGUCUGAAAGAGAGGUAGAGACUGAGGAAGAACCAAAGGGAGAGGAAGAGCGGCAGAAGAUAGAAGAGUUAAAGGAAGGGGAGACACAGGAGGAGUUAAAAGAAGUGGAGGAGAUAAAGGAAGAGGUGAAGAUGCAAGAAUUACAGGAGAAUGAAAAGCAGGAGGGGAUAGAAGAGUUAAAGGAAGAGGACAAACAGGAGAAGAAGGUGGAGGACUUAGAAAAUGAAAAGCAAGAGGAGAUAGAAGAGUUAAAGGAAGAGGUGAAAUUGGAGGAGUUAAAAGAGGUGGAAGAGAUUAAGAGAGAGGACAAACAGGAGGAGUUAAAGAAGAUGGAAGAGAUGAAGAAAGAGGAGAACCAGGAGGAGUUAAAGGAGGUUGAAGAGAUCAAGAAAGAGGAAAAACAGGAGGACUUAAAGAAGGUGGAAGAGAUGAAGAAAGAGGAAAAACAGGAGGAGUUAAAGGAGGUGGAAGAGAUGAAUAAAGAAGAAAAACAGGAGGAGUUGAAGGAGAUGAAAGAAGAGAAGCAGGAGGAGUUAAAGGAGGUGGACAAGAUGAAUAAAGAGGAGAAACAGGAGAUAGCAGAGGAGUUGAAACAGGAGGCAGUAGAUGAGUUAAAGAGAGAUGAAAAACAGCAUGAGGUGGAGGAGUUGAAGAAAGAUGAGAAACAGGAGGGAGUGGAGGAGUUAAAGGGAGUGACGAAGCAAGAGGAAGUUGGGGGGUUAAGUGAAGGUGUGAAGCAGCAGGAAGUGGAAGAGAUAAAGGAAGAAAAGAAGAAGGAGGUGGUGGAAGAGGAGUUAAAGGAAGAUGAGAAGAAAGAGGAAGUAGAAGAGAAGAAGCAGGUGGAGGAGUUAAAAGAAGAGGUGAAGCCUGUUGAGGAAUUAAGGAAAGAGGAGAAGCAGCAGAAUGUAGAGGAAGUCAUGGAAGAGAAGAAGGAGGAGGUGAUGGAGUCAAAGGAAGAAGAGAAGCAGGAGCAGGUGGGGGAGUUAAAUGAAGAGGAGAAGCAGCAGAAAGUAGAGGAGGUGAAGGAAGAGAAGAAAGAGGAGGUGAUGGAGGCAAAGGAAGAAGAGAAGCAGGAGCAGGUGGAUGAGUUAAAGGAAGAGGAGAAGCAGCAGAAAGUAGAGGAAGAGAAGAAGGAAGAGGUGGUGGAGGAGUUAAAGAAAGAAGAGAAACAGGAGGAGUUGAAAGAAAAGGAAAAGCAUGAUCAAAAUGACAUUGGCAAUGAGAAAGAAACACAAGACUCAGAAUCUGUGUUCUCUGAAACAGCCGAAAAGACUGAACAGAAUCUGACAGAAAGCUUCCAGGCAGAAGAAGAGAAGAGGGAAGUGGAGUUACAGAUAGAGGAAAAACAGGAGGCAGUAGAAGAAAUUAAAGAAGAGGAGAGGAGGGAAGUUGAAGUAAAGCAGCAGGCAGAGGAUCUGGUGGAUGAGAUGAGGAGCAAAGAGGAAGACAGUAGUCAAAUAUUAUCAACCAGGACAGAGGAGAGCGAGAGGAUCUCAUUUAAGAGUGAUGAGGAUAGAAUACAGGAGGAAGAAAAGAUGAAAUAUGAAAUGGCAGGUGACAGCAGCACCACUGAGAAGAUAACGGAAAUACUCUCUGAAGAUCACAAUGGAGAGGUGGCAGAAGAUGAAAGUGGAGGAGCGUUCGGCCUUUUCAAAAAUGCCUUCGGCCUCUUCGGUGAAGCUCCAAGCCCUGAAAUAAAGGAGUCAACAGAACCGACCCCGAGUUUGGAUACCAACACAGGUGAGACGUCUCAGCCAGAAGCCUCUUCGACCCCUGAGCAAGAUUCCACUAUCGCUUCAAGUCAAGUUUACACUGAAGACACCAUGAUCCAGCCAUCAUCUGCCUCCUUAACCCAAACCCCUUAUCACCCCAGCUCUCCGUAUCCAAACAAAGAAGCGUCCCUCAAACCGAAAACCCCCUCCAAACAUUACAAAACCCUCCUCGUCCACAUGAGCGCCGACGACACGGCUAUUUUGGAGGAGCUCUUUGGGCGACACAAGCUGGAGUUUUUGGAUUUCAUUCUGGGUGGAUCAGAAGCCGUGACUAAGGACCCAGAGUCUGAGUCUAUAUUGUUUGAUAUAGAAACACUCCUGCAUCACCAAAUGGAGAUGCUCUUUGCUCCAAGCAUGAGGCUCACGGAUUCACCGCAGGAGGAUAAGGAGAAGACCAGGACACUCAUCGUGCUUCAGAAACUUCAAAUGCUGCUGGAAAGAGUGAAACAGGCAUUUAACACAGGGGACGACUCAAGAAAAACAGGAGAUUCUUCUGUAGGCGUGCAUGACAACAUCCGCAGAGAUGAAGAGAUGAAGGAGAAGAAAGAAAGAGAUGGAAAAAUGAGUGGAGACACUGGAAAAGAGAAGAAAAGUGAGAAAGGAGGAGGUAAAGAAGAGAGAGUGUCCACUGAAGAAAAGAAGGUGUCACAGCCCGGAUCACUACAGCAACUGGGAGACGUAAUGAAGCAGAUUCUGGACUUUGCUCAUCAGACUGUUAAAGAUUCAUCCACUCAUGCUCGUGCAGUGGCAGAACUCCUCAUAUGGCUUACAGUGCAGGUUGUAUCAUCGCUGCCUGAUGACAUCAGACCCGGGCCUGACCUGUACGGGGUGCCAUGGGAACCAGUCAUUUUCUCCAGUCUGUUGGGGCUGGUGACAAUGCUGCUGUUCAGCUGUAGAUGUUAUAGCUCUGUCAAAAGCAGACUGUAUCGAAGUAAAGAGCGGUGGCUGGCUGAGCAGUUUUCACAUCUCCUGGAAGAGAAGUGUAAAGUCCUUGAGACUCUCAGCAAAUGUCAACAAGAGUAUGAUGAACUGGAGACCUCACUGAGGGACAGUGGAGUCUUGGCCCAAACUCAAAAGACAGAACAUCUGGAGGUCAAAGCCACACAGUUGGAACAUGCUAAAAGGGAGCUGGAGAGGGAUAUGGAUCAAUUGAAGGAUCAGCUGGACCAACAGAAAGAACACAGGAUUGAGCAAGAAAACAGGAUAGCAGCACUCGAGGAGAGCAUGAAAACAUGUGAGGAAGAAGCCAAAAACCUCCAGUCGCAGGAAGAACAGGCACAAACCACUCUGAAAGUGUACAGCAUGAACAGUGACAGACUACAGAGGAACCUGGAAACAGCUGGAGAGGAGAAAGCACUGCUGCAGGAGAGCAAUGCUCAGUUACAGCAGCAGGUGGAGGGAUGGGCAGAACGAGUGAGUGAGUUGGAGGAGGAGAUGAGGAGGUGUGAGGCCGCCCACAACGGAAUGAUGCAGGACGUGGCCAACAAGGAUGAGCGUAUAAUUUCUUUAACGGAUCGGCUGCUGAGAAUGAAGGCUUGGGAUUCAGACCUGGAGGAAGGAGGAGAGGAGACGUCCAAUGGGACGGCGGGGAAAGGAGAGGAGAAUGGAAAAGGGGACGACUCACAGAGCCACCUCCAGAAAGUCCAGAAACUCAUUUAUGCUGCUAAGCUGAAUGCAGACCUCAAAUCAGUCGACGAAGACAAGGACAGAGUAUUCGCCAAACUGAACGAUGAAGUCAAAGCUAAAGAAGAACUGGAAGGGAGCAUCAAGGAGCUGGAGGAUGAGCAGUUAUCCCUGCAGUCAGACAGUGAGAACUACACAGAUCAGGUGCAGCGAUUACAACAGAAGCUCAAUAUUAUGACAGAGAUGUACCAGGAGAAUGAGCUCAAGCUGCACAGACUGCUGACAGUGGAGGAGAAAGAGCGCCUGCAGAAAGAGGAGAAGUUAAACAAAGCAGACAAAAACAUUGCGUUGGCCAUGGAGGAGCUCCAAAACUACAGACGUCGUGCAGAGGAGAUGGAGGAAGAGCUGGAGAAAACCAAACAGGCUUACCAGACCCAAAUAUCAGCACAUGAGAAGAAGGCUCACAAUAACUGGCUGGCAGCGCGAGCAGCAGACAGAGAACUAUCAGACAUCAGGAGAGAAAACGGCCUCUUUAGACAGAAGCUGACAGACACACAGUUUAAACUGGACGCCCUCGACAAAGAUCCCUACGCCUUGGACAGCCUGGCUAGACCACUGCCUUUCCGAGCUGAAAGGUCACCAUACGGUCCCUCUCCUCUGGGUCGACCCGCGUCUGAAACCAGAGCGUUCCUCUCUCCUCCCACACUGAUGGAGGGACCACCUGCUAGACUCUCUCCUAGAGUGGAGCCCCCUGGUGGUCAAGGUGAGAUGGAGCGGAGUGGAGGUCCCCACUCGGACAGUGGCUCAAUGUCUCCUACGUGGGACAGAGAUCGCAGGGGACACAUGCCAGGACCCCCCGGGCCUCUCGGACCUCCAGGCUACAUGUUUCCAGAACCAGGAGGUCCCAUGUACAGGAGACCUGUUCCCCCUCCAGGAGCCAUGGGCAUUCUGCCUCCUCCUGGCUCCCUCCCGCACGGCCCUCCUCUCCCCCAUCCUAGGGGCCUCCCUCUCGGUGGCCCACCAAGUCGCCCCCACCCUGCAGACAUGGCAGAUGGCCCAUACAGAGAGAACAGCCUCGGACCUGGAGAACAGGAUCCCAGAGAGUCUGGUCCCGGUGAUCGAAGGACUCCCCCUGAAGCAGAUCCAAGGAUGGGUGGCCCACCCAUGGGCCCCAUGGACGGUCCCUUCCCUCGUAGAGCCCCUUACGGACCCCCUGAUUUCUACCCUCCCAGGGGUCCAGGGGGGCCUCCCAUGAUGCCAAUGUGGGCUCCUCCACCUCCAGGCAUGAUGUUCCCUCCUCGCUUCCCACCCGGCGGACCUCCUCACCCUCACAUGCCCUCUUACGGCCAUCCUAUGCGGGCCCCUCCACCCGACGGCCUCCCUCCUCCUUCCAUGGGUCCCCCUCCCACACAGAGCCAUUCGCCAGAGGAGCACACACCCUCACCUCAAGACAUGAUUUGAACCCCGACCGUGUUUCCGAUUGAGCCUCGACAUGAUGUGUUUCUUGUUCAACUUGGGCGUGCAGGCAGCUUUUUUUUCUCCACCUUUUUUUUCUUUUCCGCAACAACUAUUUAUUAACCAGGUGGAUGUAUUUAAUGAUAGCGUUAGUGGAGGGGAAAGAGUUCUCCGUCAUUAGCCUCUUUUGAGCUCGUGGCUCAUUCUUUCUCCUCCAUUUACAUCCUGUCUUGUCCUGUCUUUCCUUUCACUCUCAUGCUGCCACAAUCAUCAUCCAGCUGCAUUCCUUGUCAGGUACUUCCUGUUGUUGUGGAGUCACAAUGACAGCUGUUUCACAUAUAAUAGAAAAAUAACACACACCGCAGUUUGCAGUGAUUAUGCUGAUCACUGGAAGUAGACUUGAAAGUAGGAGUAGGAGGCUCUGCGUGCAUUUCUCUUCUUCUAGAUGAACAAUAAUGAAUCAUUUAACAUCAUCUAAACAAAAAGAGGAAGGCAUAUGGAGCCAGAGUGUGCAACAGUAAUUUCACAGCAGCCUAAUCUUCUAUAUGUGUCUGUAUUUAUGUGUGGGGGAUGUUACCAUGUGAACCAGAAACUGUUGUUUCUUAGCUUUAGGAUGCCAGAAAGGUUUUUAAUUAAACCUAGGACUAAAUGUGUGUAUGUAGGAAUGCUGAAUGAGUGAAUGGAGCGUCUCUUGUUAACGUUUCAUGCUGAUGACACAGAGGAGGAAAUACAUCUUUUUAGGCUUUAAUGUGUUAUAUUUGUCAUACCAAGAUUAAUCAUCAUAAUUAACCCUAACCCUAAAAACUAGCCGUUUAACAUCUGCUUUCACAUUUUGUCAGAUCAUGUGGUAUUUUCAUUGUUUUGUCAGAGACUGAACUGGGUCCCCUAAAUACUCCUCAGAGGUCACAUGAGACAUUUUCUAAAACAUAAUUAUAGUGCGUAACUUAAUUUUACCGGCUUUCUUGUGGGAUUUUUAGGAUUUAUCAUAAAAGCUACUUUUUUCAAACCGAACAGCAGGAAACAGUGCUUUUGAUCUUGUUACAUUGACUUGCAUACGGCCUGGCUUGAAAAAAAAGGUGUCUUAUAAUAGCUGCCUGUGUUUUCUUGAAGUAAGCUGCGACUCAAAUGGAUUGACUGGAUAAGUGGCUUCCUUCAGAGCCAGAGAGAUGACAUCUAUGUGAAUUUUGUAUAAAGUGAUUAUUAAUAGAUGAAUAAAGACAUGUCAAAUUGU